UUGAACUCCUUGUUCAGCACAGCCUUACACUCAGUAAGCCCAAGGCCGCGCCAUAGGCAACCGUGAUGCACCCACUCUGAUGUUGGGCUGCAACACGGUGGGUUCAAACCGGGCAUCAAAUUGGUGUCUUACAGCCGCGAGCAUUCCAUGAGUCUCCAACCCGUCUCCAGUUUCCUUCCCACCUUUGUCAAACUUUAUCCCAAGCUCAGUUUAGAUCCAGAUAUUCCAUUACGAGUGCUUGCAUGCCUGCGAGACCGGAAAUUGCCGCCAGAGGGUCAAGUUAUGCCACUGAUUUUGACGAGGCUGAGCGAGCCUCGUCAGGUUUUAGGCACCCGAAGGUCGAAGCCACAUUGAGAACUAGCAGAUCUGCCACGAUUUACGAGCGACUAUCACGUACUAGCACAGCUGUGUCACCCGGAACAAUAUUUUCUCUACCACGCCUUAAGAACAUCGUUACGUCUGCCUCAUCUACCGUUUCAAACCUCUGGCAAUACAAACUCUUUCAGCGGGAGACUAGUUUGCCAGUAUUACGGCCUUUCAAAUGGAACAAUGUCGAUGAUUAUCCAGAAGGCUAUCCUCAAUUGGCAGCUUUAAUCACGAGCGAUGAUAACUUCUGCAUUUAUCGAAAGUUUGAUCGAGCCAGCAACCGUGUUCUACUUCACUUGCAGUCCGAAAUUGCAGCCCUUGAUAAUGGCCUGAACCAGAUGGAUCGAGCUGAUGAUGGUUCUACAACCGCUUAUCGACUGCGGUCUACCAGACAUGAAGAAGGUUGGGAUGGCGAGCAAAGGAAAACCAUUACGAAACUCCAGGACAAGCUUCCGAUAUACUAUGAUUUACUUCUAAAGAGUAGUCAGUUGAAAGCACUCGGUCCGCCGUUGAAACAUAACCAUCAAUCUCUCUUUCACUGGAUUGAGGGCAAGAAACCAGUUAUGGAGCAAGAGGACGAUUGGAUUUUGCACGAGGACGAUCUCGUCGGACUUUCCGAAAUAGAUCACCUUGAGUCUUCGCUGGCAUCAUCAUUUCUGAAUCGUCUUUUCCGUCCGUCAAGAUGUGGAGAUGGAUGCGGUGGGCCGGUGGUCACCUACUUUUCCCAGAAGCGGAUUUCCGCCGCCGCAAAAUCCAUCAGUGUCUUCAUCGCAGUUGCAAUUCUCAUUCUACCCGUCUCUAUCCUUGUCUGGACUCCUUGGAAUCGCGCUUGGAUAUCUGUUACUGUCCUUUUAUCUGUGCUAAUAUUCUCGACCCUGUUAUCCCUGUCCACCAAAAUCAAAGCCAAAGACAUUCUUCUGGGCUCUGCAGCAUAUUGUGCUGUAUUGGCAACGUUCCUUGGGAAUUUGCCUUCGAAUGGACCUCCCAGGUCGUCUCCAAGUGCAGGGUAAUUUGACUAUUCUGAGAUGUGCUUGAAGAGCCUGUGUGAAGUGAUAGAUAAACAAUGAAGAUUCAUUCUUAUUAUAUUGGAGGAACAUGAUGAAUGUUCUUGGAACAAAAAUUCUUUCCUGUGUCGAAGUUUUGCUGUUAGUAGCAAGUACAACUCCCCGUAAAACCACCCCAUUGUCAUCCGAGUAUAAGGAAUUAGAGAAGGACUUAAGAAAUCAGAAUCAGUACAUAAAGUAGCAUUUGUCAGAUCACAUAAGCUCAAUGUCGUAAUCGACCUCAUCUGCAUCAACGCCUUCGUAAGCUUCACCAAACAUCAAACCGUCCACAUAUGCAUCACCGACGAGCCGGUAUCUUCCUCCCUCUACUGGU